UUAUAUUUUCUUUAUUAAUUCCUCGCAUGUAUGGUAAAUAUAGACAAAAUAUUAAAUAUUUCUACACAUAAUUUAUAAAAAUAUUAUUAUGAGAUUUAUGCAUAUCAUGAAUCUUUCCUUAAAAUAAAAUAAAAUAUCACGAAUCUGAAAACCCAAUUGAUUUAUAUGCAUAUGUGUAGAUCGCAGUAAAAAUAUCAUGUCAAAUCUGAAUCCACCUACCAAUCUACCAUCCCCUGCUACCAUUCAAAAAUCAUAGUUAAGUCAACCAUGGUUAAUUACCAAAAAUAGCAUAAAUAUCAAUCACAAACCUUGCCCAUCGCACAGAUCUAAAUCUCAUUCGAUUCAAAAGCAGAUCUCAUAACAAAACGAACCCUGAUUUGAACCUAACCUAACAAAUCGAAAAAUAGAUCUCAUAAAAAAAAAGCGAACUUGCUUUGCUUUGUACCUCAACUCGCCCCUACCCUAAAUCAACCAGACACUAUAGUUAACUUUAACCAUACUUACCACUUUCCCAAUAAUUUAUCCCUAUAAAUCAAACACCAAACCUCACAAAAUCACCAAAAUUUUUGCAACCCACAAUUUUUUUUUCUCUCUCCCCUCAACCCCCACUCUCACCCUACCUCCACCUCUUUCUCCUCCCAUAAAACCCAAAUAAUUUCCCUCUUUCUCUCCAAUAAAAUCCCUAAUUCUUCUACCCCAAACUUUCAAUACACAAACCAUAUUAAAUUUUUUCAAUUUUCUCUCUCUCUCUCUCUUCAAAUUCCAAUACACCCAAAUUAAGGGCCCUAAAAAAAAAAAAAUCACCAAAGUGGGCAAAAAGAGCCAAAGAAGAAAGAAGAAAGGUCAAGGAAGUUUCACUUGAAAUUCCAAAAUUUCCCCUAAUUUUUCUCUGGGUUUGAAUUGGAAAGUCCAUGGCAGGGUGGUCAAAAUUAGGAGGUUGCAAGUCUGUUCAGACGCUUGAAUCGUGUAAUAAGGGUUUGAAAAGCGACGAAAAUGAGCUCAGAAGUUCAUUUGUUGAUUUGAUUUCGGAUUUUUUAGAAGAGAGUUGUUCUACUGAAUGUUUUCGGCCUUUACCUCCAAUGCUUGGAGAUGGGCAUGCUGUAGAUUUGCUUAAAUUGUACUUUGUUGUGAAAUUGAAAGGUGGAUUUGAGGCGAUUUCCAAGAAAAGGUUGUGGGAUGAGGUGGGUUUACUCUAUGGUUUGGGUCCUGGAAUUGGGUCUGCUUUGAAGUUGAUUUACUUGAAGUAUUUGGAUUGUUUAGAGAGCUGGUUAGGCAAGUUAUCGAGUGUCGAGAGCUCGAAGAACGAACGGUUUUGUAGUGGGGUGUGGUCGAAAGGGGUUAUGAUGGCGCUAGGGUCCGAGUAUAGUAGUUUUGUGUCUAAUAUCAUGGAUGAGAUGAGGAAGAGUGAUGAUACUUAUAGCUUGAAAGAGAAAAGUGAGGUUACUUUCAUUGACUUGACAGAAGAUGAGGAGAAUGAGAAUGAGAAUGAUAAAUCGAAUUGGAAUAAGUUUGUUAGGAGUUUUGGAGAUGAUGGUGAUUCAACACAAGAGAAUGAGGAUACUAGCAACUUUAAGCAGGAUGUUGAGAUGGGUUUUUCUGACGGUGUUGGUUUCACGGGAGAGAACAAUGACAAGGAGAACUUUAAGGAAACGAAGAGUGAGAUGAGUUAUGCUGGUGUUUUUUCUUCGGAUGGAUCGGAUGAUGGUAGGUCUUCAGUUGACACUGUUGUGGUUGAUAAUGUGGUUAAGAGUUCCGAAAAUUCGUGUGAUUCUAAGAAAGGUUCGACUGAUGAUGAGGAGUUGCUUAUGGAUUCGAGUGUGUUGAAGGAGGUUUCGAGUCUGAAGAGGAAGAGGGAUUCUAUGUCAGAUAUGCUCUGUUGGAUCGCUAAAGUAGCCAAGCAUCCCACUGAUCCCGAGAUUGGCACAAUUCCUGAGAGCUCUAAGUGGGCAUCGUAUGGAAAUGAUAACUGUUGGAAGCAAGUUUUGUUGGCUCGUGAAGCCCUGUUCCUUAGAAGGAGCGCUGAGCAAUCUGCUUUUCAGAAAAGGCAGAAAAUGCAUCCAUCCAUGUUCGAUGAUAAUGAGGGACCAAGAUUCAGUCCUAGGCUCCUUCUACCAAACUCACCUCCCAUUGUGCCAUCAUCUACAAAUCAAGGACGUCCAAGGCAACGGUUGGAGGCUCGUUUGGACAUGAAACCAACUGCUUCAAUCUACAAAAGUCGUCCUCAGCAGAGAAUUCCUCUUGGAGAAGAGUUUCAGGUACAAGUACCAGAAUGGACAGGAGUGGUUGGUGAGUGUGACUCCAAAUGGUUAGGUACUCGAGAUUGGCCGUUGGAAAAUAGAAGUAACAAUGUCUCGAUUGAAACAUAUCCUGUUGGGAAAGGAAGGUCAGAUAAUUGUGGCUGUCUGUUUCCUGGAACUGUUGAGUGUGUGAAGUUUCAUGUUGCAAAGAGAAGAAUGGAAAUGAAGUUUGAAUUAGGUUCAGCAUUCUAUACUUGGAAAUUUGAUAAGAUGGGUGAAGACUGUAGCGUAUCCUGGACUGCCGAGGAGGAGAAGAAAUUUAAAUAUGUGGUGAAGGAGAAUCCUCUAUCGCAUCAAAAGUGUUUUUGGAAACAAAUGCUUGAGGUUUUACCCAAAAAGAGCUGGGUUGACCAGGUGAACUACUACUUCAAUGUUUUUGUGCUUCGACGUAGAGCUUUCCAGAAUAGAAGCACCCCCAAGAAUAUUGACAGCGAUGAUGAUGAAACAGAAUACGUGUUAGCAAGAAUGGCAACUAACACUCUCAGACAUGACACUGCUUCUCGAAUAUAGAUCAUACAAGCAUGAGAAAGCACCUCAUCAUGGGGUAUGGGUGCAAAUAUAUUAUUUUUCAGGACAUCAGGAAUAUGGCUGCCUCUCUGAAUUUUGUUUGGAUAUUUUCCCUAUUGAUCAAGUAAACCUCCAUUCCCAUUGAGCUAUCUACGUCUGCACAUACCACCACAAUUUUGAUACAGUGAAGACCCUUGUGAAUUACUCUACUUUAUGUUGGCAGGUAUACCUUUUGAUGAUGCAAAUUCAUUAAGCCUUUGGUUUUUGGACCUGUUUCUAAUUUCUAUGAAUUAUAGAAUUUCAGAUCCUGAAUUACUAGUUGUAUAUAAAUUCCUUCAUGAUUUUGUUUCCAAGUCAUGAUAGCAAAUCUUUGGAAGCGAGGUUUCAGACAAUCAGAUUGCGCUUUUGCUUUCUGUUAUUGCAAUUGUGCCUUGUUGGUUCUUGCAUCAAA